GAGCUUCUAUAGUUGAUUUAUUGCUGGGGACGUGGCGACAUGAUAUUUUUCACUUCUGUUCCGCAUUUACCUUCCUUCCCUUCGUUUGAGAAGCACCACGCUCACCCCACUCCAGUAAACCAAGUGUUGACUAGAAGUGGUGGAUCAAACUUUACUUGUGGAACAUAUUUUGGUUUGCUGCUGGACUUUGGAAUGUGGGGUAGGCAAGCUCGCCCAUGUCACUUGAAUCAAAUGGGCAAACUGCCGUUUGAGAAAACCAACCUUUUACAAAUGUAGAAUAUUUUGAAGGAUUUGGGUAGGUUCCACCCUUUAUUAUGCUCCGCUGGGCUGUGUAGGUAUACUAAACAGAACUGACUUUUUAAAAAAAGCCUGUUUUGAUGUUGGUAGUAGAAAGGGUACAUGUAACUGGAGCUUUUCGAAACCACUUUCUAACACAGUUGCUCAGGAAGAUUUUUCUGAUUUUUUUUUUUUUUUGAGCGAACUUAUUCCAUGUUAUAUAACAUUGUGUGUUGUAGGUGUGCAGUCACCCAAACCCAUCCUAUAUUGAAAAAUAGCUGCCGAAGUAGCUGGAUAAAAGUUUCUGCUCUGGUGUGUCUUUCAGACCUUUCACAUGUGCUUUCCUUUGACCUAGGACCUGCUCCCCACACGCCAUCGCACACCCCUGCCUACCCGCCUGUGGGGUUUUUAUGAUGUUUCUGUUUUCUUUUCCCUCACCUUUUUUGAAUGCUAAAUAACUUUUAAAAUUUCUAUUUGUGAGUAAAUGUUUUACUUAACAUCUGGAGGCCAGUCUGUUCUCAUUUUUAACAUUAAAAGGCAAGCCAUUUAUUUACCAUAGGUAGCGUAAAAUCUUUCUUUAAAACAAGAAAUUGAUUUAACUGACACAAACCGUGGCUUUCUGUUGCGGACAUUGUCACUGAAAUAUUCUUCCAAAAGCUCCCCAAACGAGGCUCUCUGUCCGUUUCUCAUUUUCAGUGUUGCUGUGGGGUAUGUUCACACCCAGCCACUCCCUCCAGUCCUUAUUGUUAGGUAAAUAGUCUGCCCCAUUUGUGAAUUUUCUGAAUCUCUAUCUGUCCUGCUUCCUUGGACUCCUCAGCACUUCCAGAAGUCUAGGGAAGAGGUGGGAGUGAAUUCAGCCCAUAUUUAUAACGUACUGUUAGACCUACUAAGAGUUUGGUAUUGCACUCUCAGUCUCGCCAUGUUGAAGUCAGAAUGGCCUGUAUUCACUAUCUUCGAGAGAACAGAGAGAAAUUUGAAGCGUUUAUAGAAGGAUCAUUUGAAGAAUAUUUAAAGCGUUUGGAAAAUCCACAGGAAUGGGUAGGACAAGUGGAAAUAAGUGCCCUUUCUCUUAUGUACAGGAAAGAUUUUAUAAUUUAUCGGGAACCAAAUGUUUCUCCUUCACAAGUAACCGAAAAUAAUUUUCCUGAAAAGGUGUUACUGUGUUUUUCAAAUGGAAAUCAUUAUGAUAUUGUGUAUCCCAUAAAGUAUAAAGAAAGCUCUGCUAUGUGUCAGUCUCUCCUUUAUGAAUUGCUGUAUGAGAAGGUAUUUAAAACUGAUGUUAGUAAAAUUGUGAUGGAACUAGACACGUUGGAAGUAGCUGAUGAAGACAACAGUGAAAUAUCAGAUUCAGAGGAUGACAGUUGCAAGAGUAAAACUGCUGCUGCUGCUGCUGAUGUGAAUGGAUUUAAACCUUUGUCAGGCAAUGAGCAGCUGAAGAACAAUGGGAACCCCGCUAGCCUGCCUUUGUCUAGAAAGGUUCUUAAGUCGCUCAAUCCUGCAGUCUAUAGAAAUGUGGAAUAUGAAAUUUGGCUGAAGUCUAAACAAGCUCAGCAAAAACAUGAUUAUUCCAUUGCUGCUGGCUUACAAUAUGAAGUUGGAGACAAAUGUCAAGUUAGGUUGGAUCACAAUGGAAAAUUUUUGAAUGCAGAUGUUCAAGGAGUUCAUUCUGAGAAUGGACCAGUUUUGGUUGAAGAACUGGGAAAGAAGCACACAUCAAAGAACCUCAAGGCACCUCCCCCAGAGAGCUGGAACACAGUGUCAGGGAAGAAGAUGAAAAAACCUUCCACUUCUGGACAAAAUUUCCAUUCUGAUAUGGAUUACAGAGGGCCAAAGAAUCCAAGCAAGCCAAUAAAAGCCCCAUCAGCACUACCUCCUCGUCUGCAGCAUCCUUCAGGAGUAAGACAGCAUGCAUUCUCUAGUCAUUCUUCAGGGUCACAGUCUCAGAAAUUCUCCAGUGAGCACAAAAAUCUUAGCCGGACACCUUCACAGAUCAUAAGAAAACCUGAUCGUGAAAGAGUUGAGGAUUUUGAUCACACAAGUCGAGAAUCUAACUAUUUCGGCCUUUCCCCAGAAGAGCGCAGAGAGAAGCAAGCUAUAGAAGAAUCUCGUUUACUCUAUGAGAUUCAGAACAGAGAUGAACAGGCUUUCCCAGCCCUUUCCAGCUCAUCAGUCAGUCAGUCAGCUUCUCAGAGUAGCAAUCCAUGUGUCCAGAGAAAAUCAUCACAUGUAAGUGAUAGAAAAGGAAGCAGGCGGAGAAUGGAUACAGAAGAACGAAAAGACAAAGACUCUAUUCAUGGACAUAGUCAGUUGGAUAAAAGACCCGAACCAAGCACAUUGGAGAAUAUUACUGAUGAUAAAUAUGCAACAGUUUCGUCACCAUCAAAGUCAAAGAAGUUAGAGUGCUCUUCUCCUGCAGAACAAAAGCCAGCAGAACAGUUGUCUUUGUCAAAUCCAGCUCCCCUUCUAGUUUCUCCAGAGGUACAUCUAACUCCUGCGGUGCCUUCUUUACCAGCCACUGUGCCAGCCUGGCCAAGUGAACCUACAACUUUUGGACCAACAGGUGUCCCUGCUCCAAUUCCCGUUUUGUCAGUGACACAGACUUUGACCACUGGACCUGAUUCUGCUGUAUCUCAAGCUCAUUUAACACCCUCUCCAGUUCCUGUGUCAAUACAGGCAGUUAACCAGCCCUUGAUGCCUUUGCCUCAGACAUUGAGCCUUUAUCAAGACCCACUCUAUCCUGGGUUUCCUUGUAAUGAAAAGGGAGAUCGAGCCAUUGUACCACCUUAUUCACUGUGUCAGACUGGGGAGGACCUACCUAAAGAUAAGAAUAUCCUUCGAUUCUUCUUCAAUCUUGGUGUGAAGGCAUACAGUUGUCCUAUGUGGGCCCCACAUUCUUACCUGUACCCUCUGCACCAGGCCUACCUGGCAGCUUGCAGGAUGUACCCAAAGGUCCCUGUCCCUGUUUAUCCUCAUAAUCCCUGGUUCCAAGAGGCUCCUGCUGCUCAGAAUGAAAGUGAUUGUACCUGUACUGAUGCCCACUUUCCUAUGCAGACUGAGGCCAGUGUUAAUGGUCAAAUGCCACAGCCAGAGAUUGGACCGCAGACAUUUUCUUCACCUCUGGUUAUCCCUCCAUCUCAGGUGUCUGAAAGUCACGGACAAUUGUCUUACCAGGCUGAUCUUGAAUCUGAGACCCCUGGGCAGCUUCUGCAUGCUGAUUAUGAAGAGUCACUAAGUGGCAAGAAUAUGUUCCCCCAACCAUCUUUUGGACCCAAUCCAUUCUUAGGCCCAGUUCCUAUUGCACCUCCUUUCUUUCCUCAUGUUUGGUAUGGGUACCCUUUUCAGGGAUUCAUAGAAAAUCCAGUGAUGAGGCAGAAUAUUGUCCUGCCCUCUGAUGAGAAAGGAGAAUUGGAUCUGUCUCUGGAAAAUCUGGAUCUGUCUAAAGAUUGUGGUUCAGUUUCAACAGUAGAUGAGUUUCCAGAAGCCAGGGGUGAACAUGUACAUUCUCUCCCUGAAGCAAGUGUGAGCAGUAAGCCGGACGAAGGCCGAACAGAGCAAUCUUCCCAGACACGAAAGGCAGAUAUGGCAUUGGCUUCCAUCCCUCCUGUAGCAGAGGGAAAGGCUCAUCCUCCCACUCAGAUUCUAAACAGAGAGAGAGAAACUGUGCCUGUUGAACUUGAACCUAUAAGGACCAUUCAGAGUCUGAAAGAAAAAACAGAAAAAGUAAAAGAUCCUAAGACUGUUGCUGAUGUGGUCAGCCCUGGGGCCAACUCUGUGGAUAGCAGAGUGCAAAGACCAAAAGAAGAGAGUUCAGAAGAUGAAAAUGAAGUGUCUAAUAUUUUGAGAAGUGGUAGAUCUAAGCAGUUCUAUAAUCAAACUUAUGGAAGCAGGAAGUACAAAAGUGAUUGGGGCUAUUCCGGUAGGGGCGGAUAUCAACAUGUGAGAAGUGAGGAGUCCUGGAAAGGACAGCCAAGCAGAAGUCGGGAUGAAGGUUAUCAGUACCAUCGAAAUGUCAGAGGACGACCAUUUAGGGGAGAUAGGAGGAGAUCAGGGAUGGGAGAUGGCCAUAGGGGACAGCACACUUGAUGGUUGUUGCCGAAGUAUUUUCUAACAAACUCUUAGGUGGAAUGUUUCUGAAGGCUUUAAAAAAAUACAAUAAAGUAAAAACCCCAGUUAGAACUCUUUCCUCUCCCCAGCCUCCUUACCUUCACUCCCAUACUGGACGAGACAUUUUGGACAUGAGUUCAAGGGGGGCAGGUUAAUUCCUGGCAUUGCCAGUUUUCUUCAGAAUCUGUUUAUUUAUCAAGUGACUGUCCCCGUAAAAAGUAGAAGAUAAGUUUGUUAAAGUAUUUUUUAUAAACAGCUUAAUAUAAAACAUUAUAGAUUUAGUGUUUGGCUUUUUUCCUUAUAAGUUUGAUUUCAGAUGUUGGAAAUGUGUGCUUUAUAGUGUUUACUAAAGUGACAAGAAAAUAUACCAUUUGACACACUAUAGAUUCCAAACAUAACGUUGCACCAAAUAGAAAUGUAUAUUUUAUUAUGCAAUGCCUUAGUCAUAAACUGGGCUCAAACAAUUCUCAGCCUAAAACACUGUUGUCUUUUAAAAUGCUUCCAACCCAAAGGCCUUUCAUCUCAAUAUCUGUCAAACUUGAAUAAUGUCUUCUCUUUAAUAUUCACAUAAGGCAGCCUAUUAACUGUGUCUUAGCAAUGUUGUAUAUAGUUCUUUUAAUAUUCAUAAGGUAUAUUUUUGAAUUUUGGUAUUUGUUGAGAUUGCGUAGAAGAAUAGUAGGAAAUCCAAUGAAAUGGCUGUUUCCACCAAGAAUUCUUAGCACUGGUGUAAAUAUCAUGGUGCCUACUCGAAAGAAAUGUAGAUGCUAUGCAUUUUGAAAAUAAUCUGCAUCAGUUAGAACUGCAGAAGUUUUUUUAAUGCCACUUUAACACUAAUGCACUGACAGAUUCUAAAUAUUUUGUGAGAAGAAAUGUUAAAAAUUUUUAGCUUGACAGGUUUCUAGAGUUGUGUGUUUUUCCCCCCUUGCACCAUUGGUUGUGUAUCACUUUCACUUUACACUUGCAUGUUCUACUUGUCAGGGCUGGAACUAUUGUAUAGAAGAUAGUAAGAUUGUGACUUCUAGUUCUUUUCUAGAGGAUGCUGCUAGAAAAUGGUUUUGCUUUGUAUUUUAUAGCUUGUUACCCUUAGGUAGGUAACAUCUUCCAUUCUGCUUUCUUCCAGUCUUUGCAGUAUUCACUAGAGGUUCCCUUUGCAUGUUGCACUCUGUUCUCAUUUGGAGAUUGAACUCUGAAUUAACACAGUAUUCAUUCAUCUGUGUUAUUUUGUAAAAAUAACUGUAGCUUAUAUUCUUUAUUUGUACAUACCAAUGUGAAAAUCCACUCUUUUAUUAUGUUGAGAUUAUCUUCUGAUCAGGAAGUUUGAGUGCUAUGCAAAUAACAUAGUAGUAAUUUCUCUUUGCAUGCCAUGUGUAAUAUACCUAGCCAAAACCAGAUGCGGUGACUUUCUUUUUUUGUAAAGCAAAUUACUUAAGAAAAUACAAUUCACUUGAAUUUGACAGACUGCAACAGAUGAGUUUUCUGGGUUCUCUGAUAACCUUUGGGAAUGUUUGGAUGCCAGCUGGGCUCAGUGAAUCGCCACUGUACUCUAAUAAUGGUUAUUUACCUCUGUGCUGUUUUAAUUACCUAACGUCUGUGUAACUGCUGAUUUGAGUAGUGAUUAGCAUUUAGACAAUGUAACAGGAUUUUAGAGAGCACUUUGAAAGAUAACAUUUUAUUAUGAUGGUGCUAGGUAAAAAAUUGUAAAGACUGGGAUGGUUGUGUUGAAAACAUUUUUUGAGAGAACCUAUUGAAAGGAAUUUGUUGUCACCCUCUAAACUAGAAUAGUUGUUGAAGGUUCCGCUUAAGCCAUUUUUUUCUUAACAUUGGUGGCUCAUUAAGGAAUGAGAAGAUAGAGGGUCCUCCACUUUCAGCUCAUGCUUUUUUAUGUAGGACUAGCUUACCUGAUUUUAAUGAAAAUCACAUUUUGAUAUAAACACCAGAUUUGAAAGUUCAAUGUGUUUGAUCUCAGGAGUCCAAAAUAAGUUGUUGCUUCUAGUGUCCUGCAUUUUAUUGACUGGGGUUUGAUCUCAGCUUCUGAAAAUGUUUAAAAAUUGGAAGGAAAUACUAUUCAUAUCUUCAUUGUCACCUUGUCUUACCUCAACUGAGUAAUAGAAUAUAGCUCCUGAAGGAAACACUGAUUUGCUUUCUGUUUCCCAUAUCUCACCUCUAGGAUAUGAUGGAAGAAGUGCUUGAAAGAGAAUUUUAGCAGAUGGUACUUUUCUCAGUGACCUCUGGAAUAAAAGAACUGACUUUUGAUAGUUUUAAAAUUAAUCUUUGCAUGAAGGUUGGUUUCACUUUUUUCCUUUGUUUUUAAAUGUAUUAAUUAGUCCAGGGGAUUUUGCCUUCUGCUGAGGUCAAACUAAGGCUAAGCAAGCUUUUGUCCUUCAUUUUAACUGUUUAUGUCAUACUGUAUGUUGACGUAUUUCUUUAUAAGAGAAUAGAGGCAAAAGUAUAGAACUGAGGAUCAUUUGUAUUUUUGAGUUGGAAAUUACGAAACUUCACCAUAUUAUGAUCAUAUAUAUUUUGAAGAACAGACUGACCAAAGCUCACCUGUUUUUUGUGUUAGGUGCUUUGGCUGAACUUGAUUCCAGCCCCCUUUUCCCUUUGGUGUUGUGUAUGUCUUUUCAUUUCCUCUCAAAUAAAUCUUCAACUCUUGCCCCAUGUCUACUUGGCAGCAGGAUGCUGGCAUCUGUGUAGUCCUCAUACUGUUUACUGAUAACCCACAAAUUCAUUUUCAUGGCAGACCUAAGCUCAGACCCUGCCUUGUCCUGGCAAGCGUAGGUUUUCCUAGACCACAAUGCCGAUAUAUCUUAUUUAAUGCAGACUGUAUUCUUGCAGUGUGUUGUUUCCUUUGUGACUCAAGGUUGAAUUAAAAUGCCUGUGAACUGCAAACUUGCUUAUGAUUGACUUGGUGCAAUAAAGUUCCUUUCUAACCAUUUCUGGUUUAGAAAACAUUCAGCCAUCCUAGAAACUAGCAAUAUUUAUUUUUGCCUCUUUUGUUUUACCUUCAUUUUUAGAUGAGGUAAAUGUUUUGUCUUUUACUUAAGGGUACUAAGCAAGGUCCACUCGUGUAGCUGAAGAGAAUGCGUAUUUGGCUACACUAUUUCUGUUUACUGUAUUUUGCUUCCUACUUUGUCUAAAUGCUAUUGUUUGUUUAAAAUCCUAAUAAUGUCUCAUUUCCAAUGUUAUUUUCAAAUAACUAAGGUUUUGCUACUAGUGUCAGCCAUUUACUCUCCCACUAAUUGGGAUUAUUUUUUAAAAGAGGUCUUUCUCCCCGAAAUACAAGUUUUAGAAAAUCUUAGAAGAGGGGUGGGUGCAUGUCUUAAUGCUGGGAAGCGGCAACUUUGGGGCUGAACUUACUUGAAUGGAUUAAAAUUUGCAUUGUGUUACAGAGCUAGAAAAUUUUAUGUAUGAAAAACGAUAAUAGCCUUACACUGAGUACAAAUAAUACUUUAAGAGCAUGUGAAGAUGUGAUCAUUUGUGAUGUUACUUGUAAAAAAAGUAUAUAUACAUAUCUUUUGAAGUGUUAAAAGGAAACUAGUACUUUAUAUUCUUUAUCAUAUCACUUUUUGUAAGUGUUGAAUAUAUUCCUGUUUAUUUUUCUAUGUUCUGUUUUGUAGCCUUAAGAAGUGUUUCAAACAUAUCUGAAUGUAUAAAAUAAGAGUAAAUGCCCUACAUGGUGUGAUGCUGCAUUAUAUAUAAAACUGUGUGCAUAUAUUAAAUUUUGUCUCUUGA